AUGUCUGCCACAAUUCUCGUCCCAAGUACGACCCGGCGCGAACGUCAACCUCGCGUCGACUACCAGAAACCCUCCGUUCCAGACAGUCAUCAGGUAGGCACCUUCCCGUCCCCAGGAAGCGAGCUUACCAGCGAACAGCGUUUUUCCAUGCUCUCCAAAAUCCGUUUUGCAAAUAGCCGUGCUCCGAUGGUGCACACACCCAGCCAGGGCGACCCUGGCCAUCCCAUGCGUGGCUCUGGCAGAACACACAGUAGACGUGCUACGACACGUGGUAGUGCUAACGAGCUACCGAUGUCCCAGCUAGGACGGGGUUCUGGCGUCGAGCCCGUUGCACCUCUCAAAUUAUCUGCCAACCGUUGGGUUCCUACCAGUACGGCCCGCAAGGGUCAACCUGAUGUUGAUUCAUCUGGGCUGGUCGACCGUAAGGUCAAGGCGCUACUCAACAAGCUCACGAUGGAGAAUUUCGAGACGAUUUCAGAUCAGAUCAUCCACUGGGCCAACAAGAGUGUGAAUGAGAAGGAUGGGCGGACGCUCAUCCAAGUCAUCCGGCUUGUUUUCGAGAAAGCCAUCGAUGAGGCUGCUUGGGGCGAGAUGUAUGCGCGGCUGUGUCGGAAGAUGAUGGAGGAGAUCAGUCCUGAGGUGCAAGAUGACGGGGUCAAGAAUAUGGAGGGAAAACCUAUCAGAGGUGGCCAUCUCUUACGGAAAUAUCUCCUCAACCGGUGUCAAGAAGACUUUGAGCAUGGGUGGUUCGCCAAGGAUGCUACUACUGCCGAUUUUGAGAGGGCAAAGCGCCAGGGCCUCAAUCUCAUCACAUUUAUUGGCGAGUUGUUCAAGGUGCGCAUACUGACGGAGCGUAUCAUGCACAAAUGUGUGAUAAAGCUGUUGGGCAACAUCGAGAACCCCAAGGAAGAGAAGAUUGAGAGCCUGUGUCAACUGUUAAAGACGGUUGGCCAGUUGCUUGACGCGCCGAAGGCCCGUGCGCAUAUGGACAUUUACUUCAUGCGCAUGAAAGAGCUCUGGAAGAAAAAUAUUGUCAGCACCCGUAUCCAAUUCAUGCUUCAGGACGUCAUCGAGUUGCGUGAUCGCAUAUGGAUGAGUCGAGAUGCUGCCCCCGCGACGAUUGCUGCAGUUCAUUGGCUGGCCGCCAAGCAGAUUGCAGCUGCAGAGGAGCGUCAGAGAAGCAUGUCUGGCAGUGAAUCUCGAAUGAGCAGCGACGACACCCAAGAGGAUCCUGAUGGCUGGGCUGUUGCAGGUGAAUCUGUUCCGCAGGUGCUUCCCGAGGUUGGGGAUUUGUCACCGUUUGGUAACAUUACCAUUACCAACACGACCUGUCCAAGUGACAUAUCCGAGGUGUCCACAAAGCCCGGUGAUUCGUCAAGCCGCAUUGAUCUUGGUCAUGCUAGUGUUCCUGAACCCGCUGUACAGCGCAGGAGGCUCCAGCUUCUUCCACGGUCCAUCCAUACUACUGAAGAGAACGCCACGACUCCUUCAGAAGAAGAAGAUGAAAGCGCACCUAUGGUCAUGUCAGAAACAGACGUGAAGAAGAAGAUCGAUGAAGAAGUGAAAAAGUUCUUCGCUGUUCACAAUCUUCAAGAGGUGGAAGUCUACUCCACCAAUCUUCCGCAUGAGUUUAGCUUCCGUCUCGUGGACAAUCGGCAGAUACGCAUGUCUCUCGGUCGUCCUCGAGGCGGCAGCGAGCACGAUGGCCCUGAUAGCUGGGCUGCUCCGGAUGGUUCUGUUCCAUGGGCGCCACCCAAAACUGUGGAUCUGUCACAAUUUGGCAAGAUUACCAUAGGUGCGCCCACGGUCACGAGUCCAAGUAGCGCGUUUGUGGGCAGUCAGAACCCUGAACCGCCCCCUAAUAUGUCCCCGAAACCUCGUUCUUCCGGACUUAAGCGGAACGGUCAUGCUGGUGUUCCUGAGCCCGCUGUACAGCGCAGGAAGCUCCAGCUUCUUCCACGGUCCGUUGAUACUACUUCAGAGCAUGUCACGACUCCUUCCAAAGACCUUAAAAGGGCACCCACCGCGAUUACAAUGGCAACCGUGAUAAAGAUUGAUGAAAACGCGAAGGAGUUCUUCGCGGUUCGCAAUCUCCAAAAGGCAGAUGAAUACUUUCCCAAUAUUCCUGAAGAGCACCGCUUCCGGCUCGUGGACAAGCUAGUUGCGUCCGCGCUCGAGGGCAAAGAGGUAGAUGCAAGGUUGGUGAGCGAUCUCUUCGCGCAGGCUAUGAGGAACGGACAAUGUACGCUCGAGGGAUUUGAGAAGGGGUUCAUGCCUAUGGCAGCAGUUCUGGACAGUAUUGCCAUCGAUGCUCCCAGGGCGUCCGCAUAUAUGGCUAUCAUGCUCAGAGGUGCUGGGUUCCAGAAUGAGCCUGAGAGACUCCGCCGGAUCGUUUCGAAGCUCAAGGAUGGCGACAGGCUAGUCUCUCUCGUGGCUUGA